AGAGGGAAAAUGAUGGAAAACCCCUUCAUCUUCUCCAGCAAUGCCAAGAUGUGAAGCCGUGUCUGCAGGCAGCCCUGUAGUGUUGAAUUUCAGCAUGACGCAGAGAUAGGUUGCCUUCAGGUUCUACAACUGCUGGCUUUCCCAAUGAGAUUGUUCCAACCACAGCGUUCUUCAAGGCAGUUCACUUAGAAGGCACAUCAUUGGACCAGUGCUGCAACUCAGAUGAUAGAACUAGGAUAAAAAUGACAAACACUGAGGUGCCUUAGAGCUUGCAUGUCUGAGACUUCAGUUCAGCAUUGGAAAGCAUCAAGGAUACGCUCAGGAAUGGCAGACAACACAUGGCGCCAGUGAAGAUGAAGGCAAAUUAAAUUCAGUAGAAGCAUAGAUGGGAGAGCAAUCUACAACUAUGAUGCUGUCCAAGAUGUGGAGCUCUCCCUGCAGGUCGGUGACACUGUUCACAUUUUGGAGAUGUACGAAGGCUGGUACCGAGGAUACACGCUCCGCAAUAAAUCAAAGAAGGGCAUUUUCCCAGAAACGUAUAUCCACUUAAAAGAGGCAACCGUGAAGGACCGGGGACAACAUGAAACAGUGAUUCCGGGUGAAUUGCCGCUUGGGCAAGAGCUUACUUCCACCCUGAGGGAGUGGGCAGUUAUCUGGCACAAGUUAUAUGUGGAUAACAAAACAACACAGUUUCGUCAUGUCCAACAGUUGACUUACAGCCUGAUAGAGUGGAGAUCACAGAUACUAUCUGGGACUCUUCCCAAAGAUGAGCUGGCUGAACUCAAGAAGAAAGUCACUGCUAAAAUUGACUAUGGCAACAGGAUCCUGGGUUUGGACCUGGUUGUACGAGAUGACAAUGGGAACAUCUUGGACCCAGAUGAAACCAGCACAAUCUCUCUUUUCAAGGCCCAUGAAACUGCAUCCAAAAGGAUUGAUGAAAGAAUCCAGGAAGAAAAGUCCCUGCAACAGAAUUUGGAACUCCGAGGGCAGCCAAUAUUUAACACAACACACACUUACAGCCUCUAUGUAAACUUCAAGAAUUUUGUCUGUAAUAUUGGAGAAGAUGCAGAGCUCUUAAUGAGCCUCUAUGACCCUGACCUCUCCAAAUUCAUCAGUGAAAAUUACCUUGUUCGUUGGGGCAGUAAUGGGAUGCCUAAGGAAAUUGAGAAGCUAAAUAACCUUCAAGCAGUCUUUACUGAUUUAAGCAGUUCGGAUUUGAUCAGGCCGAAAAUCAGCUUGGUGUGUCAGAUUGUGAGAGUGGGGCAUAUGGAGCUGAAAGAUGGGAAGAAACACACGUGUGGACUCCGGAGGCCCUUUGGUGUGGCAGUGAUGGACAUAACAGAUAUCAUACAUGGGAAGGUGGACGAUGAGGAAAAGCAACAUUUUAUUCCAUUUCAGCAGAUUGCCAUGGAAACAUACAUCAGACAGCGACAGCUAAUUAUGUCCCCGCUGAUAACUUCCCAUGUGAUUGGAGAAAAUGAGCCCCUCACUUCUGUCUUCAACAAAGUCAUCGCUGCAAAGGAAGUGAAUCAUAAAGGGCAAGGUCUUUGGGUCUCCCUGAAGCUGCUUCCUGGUGACCUAGCACAAGUUCAGAAGGAUUUUUCCCACCUUGUAGACAGAUCCACUGCUGUGGCUCGCAAAAUGGGAUUUCCUGAGAUAAUUCUUCCUGGUGAUGUUCGAAAUGAUAUCUAUGUCACUCUGAUACAAGGAGAGUUUGACAAAGGGAAGAAGAAGACUCCUAAGAAUGUAGAAGUCACCAUGUCUGUACAUGACGAGGAUGGCAAUCUCCAAGAGAAAGCUAUCCAUCCUGGUGCUGGUUACGAAGGUGUCUCUGAGUAUAAGUCUGUUGUUUAUUAUCAAGUCAAGCAACCAUACUGGUAUGAAACUGUAAAGGUAUCCAUUGCAAUAGAGGAAGUCAGUCGUUGCCACUUAAGAUUCACUUUUCGUCAUCGAUCAUCACAGGAAUCAAGGGAUAAGUCUGAGAGAGCUUUUGGCAUGGGCUUUGUGAAACUGAUGAAUGCAGACGGAACAACGCUACAGGAUGGCAAACACAACUUGAUUAUUUAUAAGGGUGAUAACAAGAAAAUGGAAGAUGCAAAGUGCUAUUUGACUCUUCCUUAUACAAAAGUGGAAAUGGAGGAGAAGGAGACCCCCUCAGGGAAGAGUCUGCACCAUCUAGCCAACUUUACACCCAACAAAGACAGUACAAAAGACAGCUUCCAGAUUGCCACUUUAAUCUGCUCUACCAAACUCACCCAGAAUGUUGACCUGCUGGGUUUGUUGAACUGGCGUUCCAACUCUCAGAACAUUGCCCACAACCUGAGGAAGUUAAUGGAGGUGGAAGGAGGAGAAAUUGUAAAGUUUUUGCAAGACACUCUUGAUGCACUUUUCAACAUAAUGAUGGAAAUGUCAGAAAAUGAAACCUAUGACUUCCUUGUGUUUGAUGCACUGGUAUUUAUUAUUUCUUUGAUUGGAGACAUAAAGUUCCAGCAUUUCAACCCUGUACUUGAAACUUAUAUUUACAAACACUUCAGUGCAACUCUUGCAUAUGUGAAACUCACUAAAGUGCUGAACUGUUACGUGGGAAAUGCUGAUGACUCCAGCAAGACAGAAUUGCUGUUUGCUGCUCUGAAAGCCUUGAAAUACCUCUUCCGAUUCAUCGUUCAGUCGAGAAUAUUGUACCUGAGGUUUUAUGGGAAAAGUGAAGAUGGUGAUGAAUUUAAUGAUGCAAUACGCAAACUGUUCUUCUCCUUCAAUGUCCUCAUGGACCGUCCUUUAGAGGAGGCUGUCAAGAUUAAGGGUGCAGCUUUAAAGUAUUUGCCAAGCAUCAUCAAUGAUGUCAAACUGGUCUUUGACCCUGUUCAACUCAGCAACCUCUUCGGCAACUUCAUCCAGAGUAUUCCUGACAACCAGUUGGUUCGACAGAAGCUGAACUGCAUGACCAAGAUUGUUGAGAGCGACCUGUUUAAGCAGCCUGAAUGCAGAGAUGCUCUUCUCCCUCUGCUGAUAGACCAGCUGAGCGGCCAGUUGGAUGACAACUCAAACAAGCCCGACCACGAGGCCAGCUCACAGCUACUGAGCAGCAUUCUGGAAGUGCUGGAUAGGAAAGAUGUGGGGCCCACAGCCAAGCACAUCCAGCAGAUCAUGGAACGCCUGCUGAGGAGGAUCAACCGCACGGUGAUAGGAAUGAACAGACAGUCUCCACACAUUGGUAUUUUUGUGGCCUGCAUGACAGCCAUCCUGAGGCAGAUGGAUGACUGCCAUUACAACCAUUACAUCAAUACUUUCAAAACCAGGCAGGACAUUAUUGACUUCCUGAUGGAAACAUUCAUUAUGUUUAAGGACUUGAUUGGAAAAAACGUCUAUGCGUCUGACUGGAUGGUCAUGAAUAUGAUGCAGAGCAGGGUUUUCCUUCGGGCAGUGAACCAGUUUACCUCUGUGCUCAACCGCCUCUUCCUGGAUCAAACAAAUUUUGAACUCCAGCUCUGGAAUAACUAUUUCCAUUUGGCAGUGGCCUUUCUCACUCACGAAUCCCUCCAGCUGGAGACCUUCUCACAAGCCAAGCGCAGCAAAAUUAUCAAGAAGUAUGGGGACAUGAGGAAAGAAAUUGGCUUCAAAAUAAGGGAUAUGUGGUAUAAUCUGGGUCCCCACAAAAUAAAGUUUAUUCCAGCAAUGGUGGGGCCAAUCCUGGAGGUAACUUUGGUCCCAGAGCCUGAGCUGCGGAAAGCUACCAUUCCCAUCUUCUUUGAUAUGAUGCAGUGCGAGUACAACUUCAGUGGGAAUAGAAACUUUCAUAUGUUUGAAAACGAGUUAAUAACCAGACUGGACCAGGAAGUCGAGGGUGGCCGAGGGGAUGAACAGUACAAAAUUUUGCUGGAGAAACUCCUCCUGGAGCACUGUCGGAAGCAUAAAUAUCUCUCUGCUUCUGGAGAAAAGUUUGCUUGGCUGGUCAGCAGCUUGUUGGAGAACCUGCUGGACUACAGAACAAUCAUGCAUGAUGAAAGCAAGGAGAACCGCAUGAGCUGCACUGUCAACGUGCUGAAUUUUUACAAAGAGAAGAAACGAGAGGACAUUUAUAUCAGAUACCUGUAUAAACUCCGGGAUCUGCACACAGACUGUGAGAACUUCACUGAGGCCGCAAACACCCUCCUCCUCCAUGCAGAGCUGCUCCAGUGGUCUGAGAAGCCAUGUGUCCCUCAUCUGCUGCAGAGGGACAGCUACUACGUCUACUCACAACAGGAACUGAAGGAGAAGCUCUACCAAGAAAUUAUCUCCUUCUUUGACAGGGGCAAGAUGUGGGAAAAAGCCAUUCAGCUAAGCAAAGAGUUGGCUGACAUGUAUGAAAACAAGGUUUUCGAUUACGAGGGACUCAGUAAUGUCUUGAAAAAACGAGCUACUUUUUAUGAAAAUAUUAUGAAGGCAAUGAGACCUCAACCAGAGUACUUUGCAGUUGGAUACUACGGUCAGGGCUUCCCCUCUUUCCUCCGGAACAAAAUUUUUAUCUACCGUGGCAAGGAGUAUGAACGGAGGGAAGACUUCAACCUGAAGCUCCUCACCCAGUUUCCUAGCGCUGAGAAGAUGACCAGCACUGCUCCUCCAGGAGAGGAGAUCAAAUCUUCUCCUAAACAGUAUGUGCAGUGCUUUAUAGUGAAGCCUGUGAUGAACCUGCCACCUACUUAUAAAGACAAACCUGUUCCUGAGCAGAUCUUAAACUACUACAGAGCAAACGAGGUACAGCAGUUCACACACUCACGACCAUUCAGAAAAGGAGAAAAGGACCCAGAGAAUGAAUUUGCUACUAUGUGGAUAGAAAGGACAACCUACACGACAGCAUAUUCAUUUCCAGGCAUCCUCAAGUGGUUUGAAGUCAGACAGGUUUCAACGGAAGAGAUCAGCCCGUUGGAGAACGCCAUAGAAACGAUGGAACUCACCAAUGAGAAAAUCAGCAACAUUGUCCAACAGCACGUCUGGGACCGGAGCCUUCCUGUGCAUCCUCUCUCCAUGCUCCUCAAUGGGAUUGUGGAUCCGGCGGUCAUGGGGGGAUACACCAACUACGAAAAGGCCUUUUUCACGGAGAAAUAUCUUCAAGAGCAUCCUGAAGAUCAAGAUAAAAUUGAACUGCUUAAGCAAUUGAUUGCUCUACAGAUGCCAUUGUUAGCAGAGGGGAUAAGAAUCCAUGGCGAGAAGCUGACAGAGCAGCUGAAGCCUCUGCACGACAGACUGACAGCCUGCUUCAAAGAGCUGAAGAAGAAGGUGGAGAAGCAGUACGGUGUAAUAACUUUGCCUCCCUCCCUGACCGAAAGGAAACCAAGCAGGUCAGGCUCUGUCGUGUUGCCCUACAUCAUGUCUUCCACGCUGAGACGGCUCUCUGUCACAUCUGUGGCCUCUUCUGUGGUCUCUACAUCUUCCACGUCAUCUGAUAGCACUUCCUCCAGGCCAGGUUCAGAUGGAUCUAUUCUGGAGCCUCUGUUGGAGAGAAGAAUAUCAACAGCUUCCAGAGCUGAAGAACUGCCCGUGAAAGAAGAUGGUGAUAACAGGAUUUGCAAACUGAAGCGGAAGGAAUGGAGUAUCAGCAAGUCCCAAGUUAUUGUGGAGAAGGAGCCAGAAAUGGAACUGACUUCCAAAAUGCAGAGCACGUCAGGAAAAGCUCAAAGGCCAAAGAGUCUUCAGUUAGGAGACAACAGGCUGACUUUGCUUCAGAGUUCUUCUCUCCAGCAGCCAACGCCUCUCAGCCCACCUCCCAUCACUCCCAAAACCCCGAGAACCCACAGUUUUCCCUCAUUGCAGUCGGAUGGAUUGCCAGCUGCUAGCCUGCAGAGCACCCCACCCCCACCUCCUCCCAAGAGCAAACCCUAUGAGAAUAGCAACCCGAGGAACUCUGUGGAGGUUGCUCCACCACUACCAAGCAGACGUGAAUCCAAACCUCCCCCUCCGCCCCCAAAAACCAGAAAAUCCAGUGUCCUCUCAUCAGAGCAAGGAUUGCAGUGAGGAUUAUAGACUUGCUUGUCUAACAGCAAGUACCUAGAGAGAGAUGGCUGCUUUCUCUUCACUGACGUGCUGGGGUUUUCUACCCUAAAGACUGUUGAUCUCAGUUGCCAUUCCAUUUACUUCCACUGAAGUUCUUCCUGAAAAAUAGCAAAAGGAACUCUGAGUGUAACUAUAUUCCCAACCUCUGAUUUAUUUUUCCAAUAAUGAGACACUAAUCACAGAAGGGAAGAAGUCAGCCUACUGGAAUUCUUAUAUUAGCCUUGUCUGUCCUGAAUUUUUUCGCUGAUGCAAUUUCAGUGGCUCAUUCCUAAUGUCAAACUAUCACAGCAGUGAUUUGAAACCAGUGCUUCACCGAGGUAAAGCCACACCAGUAUGAGAUGUGUUCUGCAGUAUUUUCACAUGGGUUCAUUCCAGCUUUAUGCUAAAGCACAAAUCCCUCCUCCUGUUGCUGUAGUCAAGCCCUGAUUUGCAUGAAGUGCAGCCGUGCAGUGUCAGGUGUUGGUGUGUGAUGUGUGGUCUCUUAAGAUUUGUGAUUGCAGGCAGAGACCUGAGCAUUGUGAGCAGGAUAAGAAACCUCUUUUCUGCUACUCAUCAUAUGUAUUGAAGAUGAAGUGCAGACGUUCUGCCUUCCCCGUUUCUGCUCAAGUGGUGGCAGUUGCUCACUCCCAAUGGAGAGUUUAGGUUUACCAGUACUUAAUCAUAGUUUCACUGUUGGUUCUGGUUUUAACACUACAGAGCAGUUGAUAUCCCUUCCUUUGUUGUGUUGCUACUUUGUUUUGCACCUGGAACAAAGGCUUCGUCUUCAUGCUUUUUAAAUAGGGUGUAGAAAGUGACUUUUCUCCUGUGAAUGUCUUAGAAUGAAUGGAGGUUGUGUUGAUACCAGCACUGUAUUGAUACCAGCAACUUGGGGAGGAUGGAGUGUGUACUGUAACACUUACUUUGGCUGGCCAGAUCCUCACAAAUAGAAAUAAACAUCAUCCUCCCUCUCCCCCACCCCAUUUAGGGCAAUACUUGCACUUUGUUUUGUAGCCUCCCUUGGUCUGAGUUGUUCACAGCCACUAGACUUUAAGGAAACACUUGGACCUGGGAUUUGUGGAAGACUUGACAAUCAAUCACCAUGCUUCCUGUUGCUUGGAUUAUUACAGCUCUGCAGCUUUUUUUGCCUUGGAGAACAAGAUAAUUAUGUUAUUUAUAAGUAUGUUAUUAAUCUGCUUAAUUAUUCUCUCUUAGUUAUUUAUUUCCUGCUCUCUCAGGAUGUCAACAAGUCUUUUCAUUUUAUUUAUUCUAAAGAAGAAAAAUGUCCUGAUCUUGGGUUUUAACCUUUAAAAAUUCUUGCCUUUCCUCAGCUCAGAUAGAGCACAAAUAUCUUUACUCCAUGUGGCCCAGAUGGGCUUUGUGCAGUGCUUAAGCUGGAAGGAAGUUUGAUUGAAAGUUGUCUUGCAGCGUGCAUUUCAGCACUGUUCUACCACAGAA